GACCAGCGCGGCAGAUCCGACAGCCUGCUUGGCAAUCCCCUCACCGUGCAGAUGUGCCAAGCCGUAGGCGCCCAGGCGCAUUGAGAUGGGGUUAGCGCAUCAGUUUCAGCUGGUCAGCCUUGUUUCAUCUUCAUAUCAAAGGAGGGGCUCCCCAUUCUUGAUGUUUCCCUGUACCCGUAUGUUUCUUCAGUGGAUUCCACGGACGAGACACCUUGAAGUCAACAUGUCCGAAAUUACAAAGUUCGAUCUAUGGCGGAAUGGCAUCUUAAUCGACCAGAAUCAAGCCCAGAAAGGAGCGCUCCCUCAUCAUAUAGACGGGCUGCGAAACGCGUUACUCGACUACGGCCGCGACACUCCAGAACACCUGGAGUUCCAGUCAACCGACGACGAGUCUCGCCGUCUCAAUGACAUUGCCAAAGCCCUCAACGUCUAUGAGUCUGAGCGUGCUUCCUUUAAUUUCCGUCUGACUCAACUGAAGGACAUGAAGCGGAAGGCCGAAAAACUCGACGAGGACGGGGACUGCAACUGGGAACCGUUUUUCUUGAAAUACUUCUUCGAUACUUUGCUCUACCAGACGGGUAAAGCGGACGAGGAAUCAGACUCCAUCUAUUAUUACACCCAGUACCUGAAAUGUAGCACCAGCUUAUCUCGGCUCUGGAGCCUCUUCAAACAGGAAGGUUUUCGGCAGGAAGAUCGCAGAGCGCUACCCCUGCCAAAGCCAGAUUGGGUGUCCUCCUACACUGUCUACAACAUCCCCAAAGACAGCAUCCAGGAGAACCUGUCGUACGGAAAGCUCCAGCACCUGGCUCAGCACGGGCUAGAGUCCGACGCGUCCUGUGCCUUGGCGUCGGAAAAGAGAGCAACAUAUCCCGACCGGGAUUGGGUUUGCUUUCCAUGGCUGAUUGUCCAACACGGGAAGCCAGGCGGCACGGAGACCCAAUGUCACCAUGAGGCGGCCAACGCAUCGACGGCGGCCGUCAUGAUGCUCGAGCGUCUGUGCAAGCCUCUCCCCGCGGGUAUCCAGGGAAAGGCAAACGAGCACGUUCCGCCUGUCGUGGCCAUUACCACCGUCAAGAAGAUGGCAAGAGUAUGGAUUACGUACUCGUGUAAACCGUCGGUUGACGACGCGGCGAAGUUUAGAAUGAUGUGCAUCUGGAAAGGAGACAUGACGGCCAUCCUCGAUCUCAUCAAAUUCUCGGCCAUCCUUUGUAAUGCUCACAAAUGGGCACUGCGUGAACAGCGCCCGCGUAUCUCGGGAUUCAUCGACCUGUGGAAAGCCCGAUAUCCGAUGGGAAGUCGUUCUACAACAAAGCAGGAAGAACCCAAGACUCUGCCCGAGCCUAAAACCGGUACUACUAUAGGCACUGGUUCGAAACCCUUACCUGUUGAUAAUAUGAAAUCGAGAGAGAGGGACCGUCUCCUGGACCUUCUGGAGGUUUACCAAGGGAUUCUGAAGGACGACUGGCAAGAACGACAGAGAUUAACGGCCCAAGUGGACGAGAUGCGGCAAAGGCUAUGGGACCUUACUGAGCGUCGAGGCUCGAGAAAUCCAUCUUCUCCCCCCUCCCAGCCAGUUCAGCAGACAGGGAGUCCGCAAUCGUCUCUCAAUGGAAAAUCGACCGCGGCGAAGCCAACGCCAACUCCUCCACAACCUCAGUUCUCCACAGCCCUGAAUUCUUCUUCCAAGCCAAACCGCCUAGUCCUGCUGCCCAGGAGGAGGCCAUUAGCAACUGCAAAGCAAAAAACCAAGUCGCCUCAGGUCUCGUCAGUGCGACCGGAAAUCUUUGGGAAAGGCAUUCGUGUGCCAUGGGCUAGCCACCCAGGGCGAAACAUAUUAGUCCGCUUGCCCAAGCCUCCACCAAUGACAUCAAAAACGACGACGGACCGAAAUCCCAUCUACAAGCUCCCCAUGUCAGCAUUGACGCAAACCGUGAUUCCAGACACGAGAUUUCCGGUGGUCGGCGGUCAACCUCACGCGCCGACCAAGCUCGACACACCAAGCAAGCCUGCUACUCCUGGCAACCCUUCUGGAACGGCGCCAGGGCAAGACAAGGAGGAGGCUGUACUGCAGACAGCUUCAAUGACGAACACGACUUCCAACCUUCAGAGCGCUGCUGGAGAUGCAGAUCUGUUCCAGACUGGCUCAUCGACCACCAGCAUCUUCUCCACCGGUGAUAAACCCGCUGUCUCUCAAAACCUGCCCAAGUUCAGCUCUGCCAUGCCAUUGACGGAGCCACCGUCGAAGGGAGAGCAAAUUGCUCCAGCAUCCCAAAUUCUUCCCAAUUCCAGCUCCGCCACGCCUUUACCGAAAGUGGACCAGAGUGCUCCUGUUUCCGAGAACCUACCGAAGUUCAACUUUGCAGGGCCGCUUCCAGAGGUACAACAAGCUGCUCCCAAAUUCGACUUUGUCCCGUUGCCAGCGGCGAAGGACAGAACCCUCGGCUUUACUUCUGCACUGUCCCCCAGUCCGCCCACGGAGAAAGACAAGGCUCCCGCUUCAUCUUCCAUCUUUUUCUCCAGUUCAUUCAUGGCGAAGGACGACACUCAUGGCUCUACCGCUUCCGCACGGUUCUCAAUUCCGUCCGUGACAAAGGAGAAGGACAAUAAGACAGCGGGUUCCAGUUCCGCCCCGUUUUCGACCUCCGCGAAGUCGAAUAGCAAACGCACCUUCCGCACAGGGUUUAAGAAGAGCACAACGUCGCAACCCAGCCGCUAGGAUCGGCGGCUCCACCUCUAGGUUGCGCAAUCCCCUCUCUUCGGAAGAAGAGGGGGAGGUGGGGGGAAACUUCACCUCGCCAAACACUCAGACAGCCGCGGCUCCCGAGACUACAACCAAACGGGCACCCGAAGAAGUUACAACACAUACACGGGCCGAACCUGACCCAAAACCUGCAACCCCCGAACCCGUAACAUUACGGUCAGCACCGGGAGCAGAAGCAGAGCGAUGCACAACACCAGAACCGAUUCAGCAGCCUGGCAACGACGACGAAAAGUAUAACGCUGGGGACAAGGAGACCGAGAAAGACGAGGAGGACGAGGAGUGGGAGGUGGCUAGUGACCAUGAUCACGGAUAGCCGAGACCG